AUGCUUAAAUCUAUGGCGAGGGCUAGAGAUCAGGAGCCUCUUGUCGUCGGGAGAGUGAUAGGAGAUGUUAUAGAGCCGUUCACGAAGUCUGUGUCUUUGAGGAUGACUUACAGUAAUAACAGGGAGGUUACCAGUGGCUGUGAGCUUAAACCUUCUCAUGUUAUCAACCGACCUCGAGUUCAGAUAGGCGGAGAUGAUCUUAGGAACUUCUACACUCUGGUCAUGGUAGAUCCUGAUGCGCCCAGUCCAAGUGAUCCCAACCUCAAGGAAUACUUGCAUUGGUUGGUUACUGAUAUUCCGGCAACAACUGGAGCAAGCUUCGGCCAAGAGAUUGUGAGCUAUGAAAGUCCAAGGCCAUCUAUUGGGAUCCAUCGCUUUGUUUCGGUUUUGUUUCGCCAAUUGGGAAGGCAAACAGUGUAUGCUCCAGGAUGGCGCCAAAAUUUUAACACCAGAGAGUUUGCUGAGAACUAUAAUCUUGGAUCACCGGUGGCCGCUGUCUUUUUUAACUGCCAGAGGGAGAGCGGCUCCGGCGGAAGGAGAAUGUAGAAUUGUCUUAGUAAUUAUUCUCUAUACCCGGAACACCACGUGGCACUGCCAGGUGUUGUACCCGGCCAAUAAUAUAACUCAGAUUCAUGUGGGAACCAACACGGGGUGGA